AUGGAUUAUGUUGAUGAUUACGAUAAUGACAAGGAAGAGGGUACUGAUAAACAUUGUGAUAAUGACGUUAAUGAGAAGGAGGAACAUUAUAACUACGUUGAUGAUGGUGAUAAUGAUAAGGGAGAGGGUAUUGAUGAUCAUGUUGAUAAUGAUAAGGGAGGUAAUAAUUAUGAUCAUGUUGAUAAUGAUAAGGGAGAGGGUAUUGAUGAUCAUGUUGAUAAUGAUAUGAGAGAGGGCACUGAUGAUCAUGUUGAUAAUGAUAAGGGAGAGGGUACUGAUGAUAAUGUUGAUAAUGAUAAGGAAGAUGGUAUCGAUGAUCAUGUGGAUAAUGAUAAGGAAGUGGGUACAGAUGAUCAUGUUGUAAAUGAUUAUGGAUGGGGCUCUAAUGAUUAUGUUGAUAAUGAUCAGGGAAAGGGCGCGGUUGAUCAUGUUCAUUAUGAUAAGAAAGAGAGUACUGAUGAUUAUGUGGAUAAUGAUAAGGGAGAGGAAGAGGGUACUGAUGAUCAUGUUGAUAAUGAUAAGGGAGAGGGUACAGAUGAUUAUGUUGAUAAUGAUAAGGUAGAUGACACUGAUAAUAAUAUUGAUUAUGAUAUGGGAGAGGGUACUGAUGAUCAUGUUAAUAACGAUAAGGGAGAGGGUACCGAUGAUCAUGUUGAUAAUGAUAGGUGGGGUACUGAUGAUUAUGUUGAUAAUGAUAAGGGAAAGGGUGCCGAUGAUCAUGGUGACAAUGAUAAGGGAGCGGGUACUGAUUUUCAUGUUGAUAAUGGUACGGGAGAGGAUACUGAUGACCAUGUUGAUAAUGAUACGGGAGAGGGAACUGAUGAUCAUGUUAAUAAUGAUAAGGGAGAGGGUGCCGAUGAUCAUGUUGAUAAUGAUUAG